AUUUUCAGUACUCGCAGUUCGCAGUGAACAACGGAACGUAGCCGAGGGCCGAAAAGUUGCUAAUCGAAACUCUAAAUAGAUGGAUGCGACAUCUAUUAGAUGCAGAUGGUAAUAGAAGGAAUUAAGUUAGGUUAUGCUCACCAUGUGAGCUGAUUUGCAAUUUCGUUAUUUAUCAAGGAAAAUAGUGAAGUAAUCACGUGUGUCAAAGUGACAUCGUUAUUGAUUUCUCUGUAAUUCAAUCAAAGAACAAAUGGAGAAAAAACCGAAAGUCAUCGUCUUCGACUUAGGUACAGACAUCGUAAAUGUACUAUUUAGAUAUUAUACCUUAUGGCCAUUUUGGGUUGACACUCAUGUAAAUCCACCAUUUAAGAUGGGAGCACAGAAUAAAGUAGUAGAUUUGUAUGGUCAUACCAUACGUCACUACUCUGAUGUACCUGACGUAUUGAAACAAUUAUCAGGGGAAGGAUAUGAACUCGGUGUAGCGUCACGUACAACACAAAUAAAGGGAGCUAAACAAUUGAUAGAUCUAUUUGGCUGGAAGAAAUAUUUCAAGUACGUUGAGAUAUUUCCUGGUAGCAAAGUCGCACAUUUUUCGAACAUUCAAAAGAGUUCUCACGUUGAUUACAAAGAUAUGAUGUUUUUUGACGACGAGUCCAGAAAUAUCGUGGAAGUUGGUAAACUUGGAGUACAUGCUGUAUUAGUUGGAGAUGGUGUAAGUCGUGGUGUUGUACAAGACGCUCUGCGAUCAUUCAGCAAACAAUGAUUGCUUAAAUAUUAAAUAUAAUUCAUAAUUGUUUUA